CUCGAGAUUGCCUUCCGCCUACGCGGGCCCCUCGGCUUCUCGUACAAUCAAAAAGCGUCUUCGGCAUAUUGGAUGCGGAUUUGGUAUGUUCCACCAACGAGCGGGCCCAUGGCUGAGAUCGAGUCUCUGUGAUUGGGGCUUCGCAACCGUGGGAUGUGGUGUCGAGGUGUUCGGCACCGGAAGUUUGGGAGGGGGGAUAUAGUGGCGAAUCAGAUCGAAAUGAUAUAUCCGCAUUUCUUCCAUUUCGACUAUUUAUCUCCACAUCAUGUCGUCUAUAAAACCCGAGGAAUGUACUCUUCGUGCGUCUUGUUGCUCUCCAUCUCAGGAUCACUCGAGACUCAUCAGUCAUGAUGGAGUUUCUUCUCCGUCUCAUAUGCCUCUUCUCGUUCGCCCUCAGGACUCUAGCCAUAUGGCAAACCCCCAAUCUCGCCUUCUCAGAAACCCCAGGAGGACUGAAACUCGGCGGCACAGGGUCCGGACCGACUAUCGUCAUCGACUCCAAAGACUGGCCCGGUGUCACGCGCGCAGGUAACGACCUCGCCAACGACUUUGGCCUCGUCACAGGCACAAAAGGCAAACUCGCAACUAGCACCUCCGGCCUCACCAACACGCCCGUCAUCAUCGCCGGCACGAUCGGCAAAUCCCCCCUCAUCGACAACCUCAUCAGCACCGGCAAACUCGACGUCUCCGCCGUAAAAGGCAAAUGGGAAUCCUUCACCACGCAGGUCGUCCCCAACCCAACCGACGGCGUCGCCAGCGCCCUCAUCCUCGCCGGCAGCGACAAACGCGGCACCAUCUUCGCCCUCUACGACAUCUCAGAACAAAUCGGCGUCUCCCCCUGGUACUGGUGGGCGGACGUACCCCCCAAACGCAAAACCGCCAUCUAUGCCCUCCCCAUCACCAAAACCCAAGGCCCGCCCUCCAUAAAAUACCGCGGCAUCUUCCUCAACGACGAGCAACCCGCCCUCACCAAUUGGGUGCGCUCCGCCGCCGGCUUCGGGUCCUACAAUGCCGCCUUCCACGCCAAAGUCUUCGAACUCCUCCUCCGCCUCCGCGCAAACUACUUCUGGCCGACGAUGUGGGCGAGCAAGUUCUACGUCGACGACGCAAAGAACGGGCCGCUGGCGGAUGAGAUGGGCAUCGUGAUGGGGACGUCGCACACGGAGCCGCUGGCGAGGGCGGAUAAAGAGAAAGUCAAGCCGUGGGACUGGAAGGCGAAUCAGGCGGGGCUGAAGAAGUAUAUGCAGGAUGGGGCGACGCGGGCGAAGAAUUGGGAGACGGUGUGGACGAUGGGGAUGAGGGGGGAUGGGGAUACCGCGAGCCCGACGCUCGAUGCGAAGCAGUUGGUCGAUGUUAUUGCGUUUCAGCAGGGGGCGCUGAAGAGUGCGCUUGGUGUGCAGGAUUUAAGGGGCGUGCCGCAGAUGUGGUGUGUUUACAAGGAGGUCGGCGGCUACUACCAAGCCGGCAUGAAAGUCCCCGAGGACGUCACGAUCCUCUGGAGCGAUGACAACAGCGGAAACAUCCAACGCCUGCCCAUCAGCAGCGAGAUGAGUCGCUCUGGGAACUUCGGCGUCUACUACCACUUCGACUACGUCGGCGACCCGAGGAACUACAAGUGGAUCAAUUCGAUCCAGCUCUCGAAGACGUGGGAGCAGAUGCAUCUCGCGCACCAGAAGAACGCUACGCAGAUUUGGAUCGUGAAUGUUGGGGAUUUGAAGCCUUUGGAACUGCCGAUAUCUCAUUUCCUCGACAUGGCAUACGACAUGUCCAAGUUCACCUCCUCAGCCAGCACCGAUCCCUGGCUCGAAGCAUGGGCGACACGCGAAUUCGGCGCCGCCGUAUCGAAAGGCACCGCCGAAGCAAUGGCUACCUACGGCAAACUCAUCAUCCGGCGGAAGUACGAGCUGCUGAAUCUCAACUUCCCGUACAGCACUGUCAACUACGACGAAGCGGAGACCGUGCUGGGCGAGUGGCAAGCGCUGGAGGUGAAGGCGCAGAAAUUGUACGAUGGACUUGAUGCGGAGACGCAGAUUGCGUUCUUUGAGAUGGUUUUGCAUCCCAUUAUGGCUGGUCGUGUGGUCGUGCAGGUGUAUAUCAAUGCGGCAAGGAACAAGGCGUAUGCUGCGCAGAAGAGGAUGAGCACGAAUAUUCUGGCGGACGAUGUGAAGAAGACGUACGCGCAGGAUGCGGUGAUCCAGAAGAGAUAUCAUAGUCUGGUCAACGGGAAAUGGAACCAUAUGAUGGAUCAGAUCCACUUUGGCUACAACAAUUGGCAAGACCCAGCGUCCAACUCCAUGCCUUCAGUGCAGACGAUCGGAACAACCGCCCCAUCCACAGGCAUAAUGGGCGUCUCCGUCCAAAACAGCGCAGCCUCAACACCAGGAGAUGCCGCUCCAACCCUCCCAUCCAUCGACCCCUACACCCCCGAGAACCGCACAAUCGACAUCUACGCCAAAGGCUCCGGAACCGUCGACUUCACCAUCACCGCCAGCGUCCCAUACAUCAAAGUAACCCCAUCAUCCGGCACACUCACCUACCCAUCCGGCGUCUCCGACAUCCGCGCCAUCAUCACCGUCGACUGGACCCUCGCCCCAAAAGACACCACCACAAAAGCCGACAUCACCAUCAAACCCAGCAAAGGCACCUCCGCGACCCUCACCCUCCCGAUCACCAACUUCGCCGUGCCCCCUUCCUUCACAGGGUACGUCGAAUCCAACGGCGCCGUCGCCAUCGAAAUGCACCGCUACACCUCCCUCAAUCCUUCCUCCGGCACCUCACUGUCCAUAAUCCCAAACUACGGCCGCACCGCCUCCGGCCUAACACUCAACCCGCUCCCCUCGUCCCCCCUGACCCCCUCCACCGCCCCCCGCGCAAUCUACACAUUCUACGCCCUCACCACCGCCGCCGCAGCGAAGGUCUCAGUGUACCUUCCCCCCUCCUUCAACGUCGACCCUUCUUCCCCGCUCAAAUACGCCAUCGCGAUCGACGACGGCACCCCCAUCACCGUCACCCCCGUGCCGUCUUCUACGCUGGGAAGUAUGCCGGGCGGGUGGAGCGAGAGCGUCAUCAACGGCGCGAGGAUCGUGAGUUCGAAUGUGGGACGCGUGGAGAAGGGGGAGCAUAGAUUGAGUGUUUGGCUGCUUGAGGGGGGGACGACGGUUCAGCGGUUGGUGGUGGAUUUGGGGGGUGUUAAGGGGAGUUAUCUUGGGCCGGGGGAGAGUGGGUGGGUUGGGAGGGGGAGGUGA